AUGGAGGGUCAGUCUAGGUCCUCUACUAAGUACCUGCUGCUGCAGGUGUGGUGUGGCAUCCUCACUGUGGCCAUGGUGGUUAUGGCAGCACUUUUCAUUUCAAUCAAACCAAAGUCAACUGAGGAAGAAGUCUCUACACUGAAGCCAGAAACAGUCAGUCCAACAGGUCUAACAGUCAACACUAUUGCAGCUCCCUUAAAGGGAAAAGGAUCCUCUUUCUCAUACAUCCAGCUAAAAAAGUCUUUUGACCGUCACCUUUGGGAAGAGUCAACCCCGAAAUGUCACUCCUGCUCCCUCGUCCUGCUUAACGACUCCAUCCACUGCAAUGACAACGGCCUCUACUUCAUCUACGCCCAGGUCACCUUCAACAAGCCUAAGAAAAGUCAAACCAAAUCUGUGAUUUUGAAAAGAAAUGCCACCCCUGGCAAACGAGAGAAGACACUGGUUGAGGGGACCUUCCCAAAUACAACAGAGGGCACCGUGUGGGUGGCCAAGACUGUCAGGCUUACAGAGGGAGACAGUGUCAGCUUAAAUAUCACAGAUGAUUUUCAAGCAGACAGCACGUCGACAUUCUGGGGUGCCUAUCAGCUUCAUUAGCACUGUAGGUCUCCAGGAAUUUGUUACCAUAAAAGUGAGAAUAAUUUGGGGUUGGACUGCUAUGUUAUUAGUAGGCCUAUACUAAUAUGUUCCAACAUGUGCGGUUCAUCACCUGUAAUUACUUCCAAUACUUUGUGCCGGAUAUUGAACUCAUCAAAUUUAAUGCCAAACAAUACUCAAAAUCACAGGGAUUCAGUGUCAUUUAACAAUUACUGAAUCUUAUUUUUUUGGGGAUAGUAAAUCAUGGAACACUAAACUGCUAAAAUCUCCAUCAGGGUGGGUGAGGAAAUCUAUUGACCGUUGGACAAACAUAACUUUGCAAAACAACAUACUGCAUCAGUCCAACCUUAACAAAGUCUCUACAUUUAAGUAUGCCAGCUGGUUCUGACUCUUGAAAUUGUGUGGCGUCUGGUGGUCUUGUAACAUGUUAAAUGCACUGCAUUUAAAAUUGAAUGUACUGUUGAACUGUAACUGUCUGGGACAUGCAUAUGUUUUUUUUCACUGCUAUGUUUUUGUGUAAUUUAUGAUAUUGAAUAUUAUAUCGCUGUGGUUUGAUUUCAAGGAGGGAAAAGACUAAUAAAAACUAUUACAGUAUUUGAAAGCCAUUGGGUCAAUUUCUUGCCUUUUAUGUGUACUGUCAGCUGCCAGCUGACCACAUGGUGGUGCCAACUUCCCCUGAAUAAGAGGUGACAUGAAAGACUGCAUGUACUGUGUAUCAAAUCUGACACACACUUACCUAUA